CUUUCAUACUCUCUCCCUCCCUCUCUCUCUGUCAGUGUCAUUCUGUAGUGGAGAUGUGGAGUGUCUUUCUGUCUCUCUGUCUGUUUUUCCAGCCUAACUCAGCUGAGGAAGUGAUGCUGCUGGACACAACAGAGUCUACCUCAGAGCUGGGCUGGAUCACCUAUCCAGAUACAGGGUGGGAUGAGGUCAGUGUCUUGGAUGACCGAGGCAAGCUCAUACGAACCUUUGAGGUCUGCAAUGUCAACCAAAAUCCCCGUCAGCAGGACAACUGGUUGGCUACACCUUUCUUGUACCGCCACUCGGCCCCAAGGGUGUUUGUCACGUUGCGUUUCUCAGUGCGAGACUGUGCGAGCCUGCGUUCACCGUCGCCCACCUGCAGAGAGACACUCACGCUGUACUACAAGCAGGCUGACUCCCAGAGAGAGCUGGAGAGGACUUGGGUAGCUGAACCAUCUAGCGGGGAGAGGGAGACCAGGGAGGGCUGGGUAAAGAUUGACACCAUCGCAGCAGAUAAGAGUUUUUCCAAGGUGGAGCCCAGUUCACCUCACCAGUAUCAGCCCAACAGAUACAGCCGUAUCAACGUUAAGACACGCAGCUUUGCCCCCCUCACACGCAAAGGAUUUGUCCUGGCCAUCGUCGACAGCGGAGCUUGCCUUUCCCUCAUGGGGGUGUCUAUCUUCUACCGCCGCUGUCCAGCCACCAGCCUCUAUCUAGCUUCAUAUCCGCCGACUCCCUCAGGUGCUGAGCCAACCGCUUUAGUGCCUGUGACUGGGACGUGUGUCCCUCACAGUAAGGCACAAGGAGACACGCCACCUCGCAUGCACUGCAAUGCUGAAGGAGAGUGGAUGGUGCCUGUCGGAGGAUGCAUCUGUGACGAAGGCUAUGAGCCGAACCUCAAUGGAUCCGCCUGUCUGGCCUGUCCUGUGGGCUACUUCAAGUCCAUUUCGGGCUCUAUUCCCUGCACUGUGUGUCCAUCCAACAGCAGAACCAGCCAGGAGGGAUCGAGUGUGUGUGAAUGCCGCAGCGGCUUUUACCGGGCAGGCAGCGAUGCCAACUCUUCUGCCUGCACAACUCCUCCAUCUGCUCCAAUCUCUCUGACCUGGGAGUACGAAAGUGGCGACGGUGGAGUUUCCUUAAGGUGGCGCCCUCCAGUGGAUAUGGGGGGCCGCGGUGAGGUGUGGUACGGGGUGGUGUGUCGCAUCUGUCCGUCACCAACUUUCACCAACCCGUCCUCAUGCUCUUGGUGUGGGGAGGGCGUCACCUUCAGCCCCUCCCAGACCAACCUGAAACAAACCAAGGUCACUCUCAACAACCUGCUGACCAGAGUCACAUAUCUCAUACAGGUGCAAGCCAUGAAUGAAGUGUUGGCUUUGAGUCCUUUUCCAGCUCGAUACUCAAGCAUCAAUUUCACUACGAGCCAGUCAGUACCCAGUACAGUUCCUAUGAUGCACCAGCUGAGCCGGGCCCCAGACUCCAUUACUCUGUCAUGGCCUCAGCCAGACAGGCCUAAUGGAGACAUCCUGGAGUAUCAGCUCAGAUACUAUGACAAGGGUUCAGAUGUGGACAGUGCAUUGACUGUGUACAGCGAGACUAACACAGUGACUGUCAAGUCUCUGAUUCCCGGUUCCAUCUACGCCUUCCAGAUCAGAGCUCGAAAUGAGCGAGGCUACGGCCCCUACAGCAACACCAUCAGUAACAGAGGUGGAGUCAAGUAUUAUGUUGACCCAUCCACUUAUGAGGACCCCAGCGAGGCAGUGAAAGAAUUUGCCCGUGAGAUCGAUCCCACUCACCUCAAGAUUGAGGAGGUGAUUGGUGCAGCCCAGUUUGGUGAGGUUUCCCGUGGCCGUUACCGUCCUCUGGGUCGCAGGGAAGUGCUGGUAGCAGUGAAGACUCUGCGCUGGGGGGCAUCAGAAAGAGAAAGGGGGAUGUUCCUCAGUGAAGCAGGGGUCCUGGGACAGUUUGACCAUCCCAAUGUGCUGAAACUAGAGGGCGUCAUUACCCGUACCCCUCCAGAGAGGAUUAUCACUGAGUUCAUGGAGAAUGGGCCCCUGGAUGCCUUCCUCAGGGAGAACGAAGGCCAGUUCAGUGUCCUCCAGCUUGUUGGGAUGCUCAGGGGAGUUGGAGCAGGGAUGCGUUACCUCUCAGAGAGAAACUUUGUUCACAGAGACCUGGCAGCUAGGAAUGUAUUGGUCAACUCCAACCUGGUCUGUAAAGUGUCUGACUUUGGCCUCUCCAGACUCAUGAGGGGCCUGGACCACAACAUACCAACCUAUACUGCCUCACUGGGCAGUAAGAUUCCUGUGAGAUGGACGGCACCUGAAGCAUUUCAGCAUCGCAAGUUCAGCUCAGCCAGUGAUGUCUGGAGCUUUGGCAUACUGAUGUGGGAAGUUAUGUCCUAUGGAGAGCGUCCGUACUGGGAUAUGAGCAAUCAAGAAGUGAUGAAGGCAGUAGCAGAUCAGUACCGUCUCCCGGCCCCCCACAACUGCCCCCCUGCUCUUCACUCUCUAAUGCUUCAGUGCUGGCAGGCCGAUCGAGCUGAUCGGCCAGGUUUCGACUCAGUUCUGUCCUCUCUGGAUCGGCUCAUCAGGCACCCUGCGUCCCUCAAGGCUGAGCCAACUCGAAGCUGCUCCCAGCCGCUGCUCAGCCCCACUCCCACAGACUUAUCGUCAGUGACGACAGUGAGUGAUUGGCUGAAAGCACUGAGGAUGGACAGGUAUCAGGAUGAGUUUGAUCGAGCGCAACUAGACACGUUAGACAGAGUCAGCAAACUUACAAUGGAAGACGUCCAGAAUCUUGGUGUGAACCUGUUGGGACACCAGAGGAAGAUUGUCAACGCAGCCCAGCAGCUCAGGGCUCAUCUAACACAGGGGCAGGUGGAGGUCUGAAAUCUACCAGCAAUACUAGCUGUGCCGUGGAUUUUUAUGUUUUUCACAUUCCUCUGCUUGUUGCAUCCGGUUCCCACAACACUUUAUUUUGAUGGACGCACAUUUUAGCUAAUAGUGCCACUGUGUCUAGUCUGAUAAACCUGACACUACAACCAGAAGAAGUGAGAAAAGGCUUGGACUUUCUCAGCCAGUCACUUGAGAAGACUAACAGAAGAGAGAUACAGUACGGGAGCUGCAGUCCAACACAAGUGAGGCCAGAAAAUUGCUGACGAGGAGGAUUUUCAAGAUUCCUCCAUGUUUUUCACUAGAUUUCACUUUAUUGUUGUCUGCCUUCUUCUCUCCUACCUGUUUGCAGUCCAAUCUCUCGCUCUCUCCUUCACUACUCACCCUUCCUGAAAUACCUGAAAUACUUCCAUUUCCCCUAUGCUCAAUAAAACCAUGCAAGUAUUUUUUGUUAAAGUAUUGCGGGAGAUCUCUCCUCACAAAGAAUUGCGUGAAGACAAUCAAAGCCUUUUUUUUUCUUUUUAGUUAUUUGUAAAGCUGUAUCACUUCCUCUCUCCUUUAAAUGCCAAAUGCUUAAAAAACUGUGUUACCUAGCAGCCAAUGAAUCACCUAAUGAGGUGUUACCGUUAGCUGUCCAAAAAAUGUAUAGUUUGUUCAGUGUUAUAUAUAAACCACCAAUCCAAAGGCAGUACUGCAAGUCCUAAGGUUAAAUACCAAUCACUGCCAUAAAAUUUGAAAAAAUCAAACUUAAACAAAAACAGGCUUUUAAUAAAUGUAAGCCAUCUUUUUUCUUUUACCCAUCCCCCCUUUAGGGUCCAAGAGCUGCCCAGUUUGUGCAACUCACUCUCACUGUAGGGCCUGUCAGUGACAGCAGAGCUCACUUACUCGAAAACACUUUACAAACUUCACCUCAGCUGCAAACACAAGCAUCUGUCUGCGAUGGAAACAGAAGCUAUCAGCACCCACCUUUAUGUGUACAUUUCACACUUCACCUCUUUUGUUUGAUUGCUAGAGUAAAGACACUGAGUCACUGAAGCAUUGUGAAUGUGUGAAAUGGGCAAGAUGGACAAAAUCUGAUCUGAUUUAAACUUGAAGGAAGGAAGCAAAAUGCUUUGUAGGUACAUACCCGUAUGUCUGUGUGCUGUAUAUGAAGCUGCAUUAUUGUGUACAUGCUGUACAUGAUGUGUGAGUGUGUGUGUGUGUGUGUGUGUGUGUGUGUGUGUGUGUGUGUGUGUGUGUGUGUGUGUGUGUGUGUGUGUGUGUGUGUGUGUGCGAGUGUGAGACAAGUGUGUCGGGCUACACACAUUUAUAGUUGUCUACUUGUAUGAAUGUUCACCACUGUUCUGUAU